CCAUCCAAAGCGUGCUGUGCGGAGCAGAUGCCUUGCUGCCGACCAAAACGGGGGCUGUGGGCUCAGCCAAGCUGGCGCUUCAUGAGAAUGGCACCCUGGAGUACCAGGUACAGGUGGUGGGUACAGCCAGCGAGGUGGUGGGCAUCACGCUGGAGACCAAACCUCGGCGGAAGAGCAAGAGGAAUGUCCUGUUUGACAUGACACCCAGCUACAAGGAUGGGCUGGCCCAAGGUGCCUGGCAGAGCCCCAGCGCCCGCGAUGCCCACAUGCUGCUGCAGAACGAGCUCUUCCUCAAUGUGGCCACCAAGGACUGGGCGGAGGGCGAGCUGCGGGGCCAGGUCAUCUCCCUGCCCUACAGCGGGCUGCUCGCCCGCUACACAGAGAUGCCCGUGGUCCUGGCAGGGCAGCUGGUGUCCCCCCCCGUAGGCAGCGGGGCCGGGGGGCACGCCUGGCUCUCGCUGGAUGAGCACUGCCACCUGCACUACGAGAUCUCGGUGGCAGGGCUGGGCCGCCCAGCCGACGGAAAAAAACACCUCCACGGGGUGGCUGAGCUAGGAGAGAUGGGUGCCCGUCCCCACCAGCACAAGCGCCUGCUCAAGGGUUUCUACAGCACCGAGGCUCAGGGGGUGGUGAAGGACCUGGACGCCGAGGGUGGCUGA